GGCUGUCCGUGCACUCGAAUUUGGUGAGCUCCCUCCAGUGUGGACGAGGGUGGACGAGAGGAGAGGAGAACUGGGGAUCGGCGAUUGUUAACUGAACUUGAAAAGAGUUCCUAGGCGGCGAAAUGGCGAGGCUGAUGGCGAGGGCUGCCGUGAUGCUAGCAUGGGCGGCGGCGAUGGCUGUUCUUUGUUCAGCAGCAGACCCGUACGCAUUUUUCGACUGGAAUGUGGCGUACAUUAAAGCGGCGCCGCUGGGAGUGGAGCAGCAGGUGAUAUCGAUCAACGGCAAAUUUCCUGGACCACUUCUCAAUGUGACAACCAACUGGAAUGUGGUGGUGAACGUCCUCAAUAGCCUGGACGAGCCCCUCCUUAUUACUUGGGAAGGAGUAGAGCAGAGGAAAAAUAGCUGGCAAGAUGGGGUUCUGGGAACAAAUUGCCCAAUUCCAGCGGGAUGGAACUGGACUUACCAGUUCCAGGUCAAAGAUCAGAUUGGCAGCUUUUUUUACUUCCCUUCAAUUAACCUCCAGCGUGCUUCUGGAGGCUUUGGAGGGUUCACUAUCAACAAUAGGGAAAUCAUUCCGGUGCCCUUUGAUACGCCGCAUGGAGACAUCACUCUCUUUAUUGGUGAUUGGUUCAAUAAGAACCACACGGACUUGAGGACGGAACUUGAUCAGGGAAAGACUCUUGGAGUUCCUGAUGGUGUGGUGAUAAACGGAAAAGGUCCUUAUCGUUACAAUGACACCCUUGUUCCUGCAGGCAUUGAGUAUGAAACCAUCGAUGUUCAGCCAGGGAAAACUUACCGGCUACGUGUCCACAAUGUUGGGAUAUUUACUUGUUUGAACUUUAGGAUCCAAUCUCACAACUUGCUUCUUGCCGAAACAGAGGGGUCAUACACUGUGCAACAAAACUAUACCAGUCUUGAUAUCUUUGUAGGGCAGUCAUACUCCUUCUUGGUCACUAUGGAUCAAAAUGCAAGCAGUGACUAUUAUAUUGUUGCAAGUGCUAGGUUUGUGAAUGGUUCAAAGUGGGACAGAGUUGUAGGGGUUGCAAUCCUACACUAUUCUAAUUCCAAAGGAAAAGCAUCUGGUCCUCUUCCCGAUCCUCCCAAUGACUUUUAUGACAAAACUUACUCAAUGAACCAAGCAAGAUCCAUUAGGUGGAAUGUGAGUGCAAGUGGUGCCCGCCCCAAUCCCCAAGGAUCUUUUAGAUAUGGUUCCAUCAAUGUGACCCAAGUGUAUGUCUUGAAAAAUAAGCCACCAAUCCUUAUUGACGGAAAGCUCCGCGCCACACUUAAUGGAAUUUCAUAUUCAUCUCCUGAGACACCAUUGAGACUUGCUGAUCAGUAUGACAAAAAAGGAAUAUACAAGCUUGAUUUCCCCACUCGUCCAGACGCAGUAUCACCAAAAAUAGCAACCUCUAUAAUUAAUGGCACAUACAAGGGUUUUAUGGAAAUAGUAUUUCAGAAUAAUGACACUAGGGUUCAGAGUUAUCACCUAGACGGAUAUGCAUUCUUUGUUGUAGGGAUGGAUUAUGGUGAGUGGACUGAGAAUAGUAGGGGCACAUACAAUAAAUGGGAUGGUGUGGCACGCAGCACGAUACAAGUUUACCCUGGAGCUUGGACUGCUAUAUUAGUCUCACUGGAUAACGUUGGCACUUGGAAUUUGCGCUCUGAGGAUCUUGAUUCGUGGUACCUUGGACAAGAGACAUACAUUAGUGUUGUAAACCCCGAGGGCACUAACAGAACUGAAUUGCCUGUUCCAGACAAUGUUCUGUACUGUGGAGUCCUCAAGGACCUGCAGAAACCGCAAACACCUCAUGCCCAGGGCUCAGAUUCCUCUUCUGCAAUUCCAACUGGAAGCUUCAUCCUUGUUGCAGUAAUGAUGUUCUGGGCUUCAUUGCCUGUAUUCCUGUAAGAAGAUAAAGGUUGCUGGGAGUUUUUCAGACCCGUUGGAGCUGACUAAUUCAUUAACUGUCAGGUUUCUUCUAGUAUUAUAGCCGUGCAAAUGUGUGCUGUUAUGAAUCUAAUUCAUUGUUUUUUUUCAGGAUGUUAAUGAAGUUGCUUUUAUUUUAUUUUAUUUAUUGUUUUAUCAAAUGUUACUGACUUUGGUUUUUUACCAUUCAUUUAUGGAAACUGCCAUAGGAUUUCCUUUUGGUGUUUAUUUUA